AGCCAUCGCUGUACACAGCUACAGUAACUAUUUUAAUAUAGACAGGUCCUUUGUUUGUAAAUAUGAGAGUUCUUGUGACAUUAUGCGUUCUCGUGUCCCUCACCGCCGUCACCUUGGCGUGGAAUCGACCGCCUGUCGGAGGGCGUUCUCUGGGAGGCUCAACCUCCAGCCGAUUCGCUAGCCUCCUGAAAUCCAGAAAAUCUUCCUUGUUUGGUGCCCGCGUCCGUGACGGUUCCAGCAUUUUCAGCGCCCUCUCCGCCAAGACCAAACAGCCAAUCUGCUACUUUGACAAGAAUGGCGUCCCCCAGUACGAAUGGCCAACUAAGGAAAAGCUGUGCUUCGACAAGUCCUACAAAUACCCUGUUGACCGUGUGUUCAGCGCCCUGGAACAGGACCCCGACGCAAUGGAGUACAUGCUGCUGGUGCAGGGAUGCUACCUCCACAACAAGAUGAACUCCACCGGCCACUACCCCGCCUACCGAUACAAGGAUCUGUGUUCCGAGAACACCGAGCUCCUGGAGAGAAUCUGGUGGACCAACACCAAGAACGGGCGCCGAGAGGUCUGCUACGUCAUCAUGCCUGAAGCCCAGGGAGUUGAAGUCGCUCAAUGCGGAGGUCACUGCGUCAUGGACACCACGGAGGUGAAACACCACUACUGCGUCCCCGACGGCAUGGUUGAACGUGAUAUCUACGUCUUCUGUCCCGGCGAGAUCAAGCAGUGCCGCAGAACUCGCGUCACCAUCCCCACCGGAUGCAGCUGUAAGAAAUACGAAUGUCUCAAGUAUCAGUUUGUGUAAACCAUGGUUUACACUCCUUCUGCGAAGUCGUACUUUUACGCAUGUGUAAUAGUGGGACUCAACGCCAUGCCAAAUACAAACAUUUACGCAUACGUAAAUGUUUCGAACAUAGUUGAACAGGCCGGAAAAUGUCCUGUCGAUUUGGUUUCUUUUAUUUGUAUCAAUUAAUUUGUGACUGUUUUUUUUGCAUAUAACAAGUGCAAUUAUUCUGACCUUCGAAAAUAACUUUUUUUUAUGAAACGCAUAUUUCGACCUUGCAAAAAUACUUUUAAUGAUUAUGAUUGUGAAGAAUGUGAGAGAAUAUCUGUUUUACCAUUUUCUAUUAUCAUUUGUAAAUAUAUCAUGCGCGCACAUGUAAAUAGUUUGUUUAUAGUGUAUAUCACGUGUACAUUUAAUUGUGGAGUUCGCGAGAUACCUGUUACCAUGUUCUGGUGCCAACACAGUGAAAAACAAAAUCUCACUGAAUAAUACGUGUAUGCUUUCUGCUAUGAUUUUCCAAAGAAUGAUUUCUGCAUAAUAAAACAAACUGAAAUAA